AAUGUAUGACUCACGAGACCCCAACCACACCCACCAUUUAUAUACGACUAAGAACAUUGAACACAUAAUUAUUUGUAUAUAAAUAUACAAACCUAUUUGUAUGCUCUCUUCGGUUUAAUUUCUCCUAUUAAACUUCAAAUCUUCGCAACAAAUCAAUCUCAUCUCAUCUCUCCAAUAUGAAUUGUAAUCUAGAGCUCCGUCUUCUACCGCCUUCUGCUCCUUCGUGUUCCACAGAUUGCAACGACGACCACCAUCAAUCCAUGCGCGAGAUAUUCAGUGCAAGCCCAAAAGAGAAAGAGAUGCAACAGAUAACCAUUUUCUAUAACGGAAGGGUCACCUCUUGUGAUGUUACAGAGCUUCAGGCCAGAGCUAUCAUACAGCAUGCAAGACGAGAAAUGGAGGGAGAGUUGAAAACACCAACCGGUUCAGAGCCGUCUUCACCAUUGUUACAAUCUCAAUUGCACAGCCCAGCUGGUCUUUCCAUGAAGAGAUCUCUGCAGAGGUUCCUCCAGAAGCGAAAGUGUCGGAGCCAAGCAAUGUCGCCUUACAGCCGUUAGAUUUGUAUUCCAAUUUGAAAUUUUAAUUAUUCAUUAGUUUGAAGAGAAAAAAAGUGAGGGGAUUUUGUAGAGUUUCUUGGAAUUAAAUCCUUCGUGAGAAAAUGAGAGGUUGCAGGGCAUGUAAAAUUUAUAUUAUUAAAGCAACAAAUUUUAGUUAUUUAAUUUGAUUAAUUUAUUAUUGUU